AUGCGUUCUUCUCUCGUCCUGCUCGCCGGUGUGGUGGGCUCGGCUCUCGCCUACCCUACUGAUUUGGCCGUUGAACGCCGUACCCUUGGUCUCCUCGGUGAGCUCCUUGGGGAUAUAACUGUCGACGUAACUGCCAUCCUUGGCGAUGUCCUUGAUAGCCACUCCUCCGGUAAUCUUCUUGCUGGCCUGACUGCUGAGGCUGCUGCCGCUCUCGAGGGUGGUGCUCUCGGCUGCAAGUCCGGUGCCAUUGACCACAAGGCUAAGGCCGCCCUCAAGCUCUGGUUGCUCUUCCACGCUGAUCUUGACGUCUCCCUCAAGAAGUCACUGAUCUCGUGGUGUGAGGGCAACGAGGAGCUCGUCCUCUCCGCAGACGUCCUGGCUGCUCUGUCCGUGUACAUCCCCGCAUGUGCCGACAUCGCUGCCAAGGGCCAGCUUUACGUGACUAUUGACGGUAUCUUUGAAGCCUCCAGCCUCGAGUCUGCUCUCGUCUUGAGUGUUGGCGCUCAAGCUUCCCUGUCCGCAUGGAUCCAGGCCAAGCUUGAUCUUGACCUGGCUGUCAAAGUCGGUCUGAAUGUCUGCGCCGCGGGUGGUGUUAUCGGCAGUCUGUCAGCGGACAUCAAGGCUUCCCUUCUUGCUUGGAUCAACAGCGAGGACUGUGACCUCAGUGCUCACCUCAAGGUUUCAGUCCUUGCCUGGAUCAACGGCCAUGCUGGUGGCGACCUUGUUGAGAUUGGUGCUCUUGCUGAGACCGCUCUCUCUACCAUCUCCGUUGGUGCUUCCGUCGGUGUGCACAUCGAGGAGUCUGGUAUCCUGUCUGCUGGUGGCCAGGCCUCCCUGAUCGCUUUCCUGGGUCUUGAUCUCUCUGCCGAUCUCGCUGCUGAUGUUAAGCUCGCUCUCGAGGCAUGCGCCAAGGGCGAGCUUGCCGUCGGCGUGGACCUUGACAUCCGCACCAAGCUCGCCAUCUGGCUCGCCAGCGCUGACUGCUCUCUGGGCGUUGAGCUCAAGGCUGUUGUCCUCCUUUGGUUGUCCUUCGCUGUCGAGGCUGAUGCUUCCGUUUCGGUCGGCCUUGUUGGUGGCCUGCUUGGCGAUGUCACCGAUCUCCUGACCGGAUCCCUCCUUACCGGUCUCAGCGUUGACCUCCGUGGUGCCCUUUCCCUCUGUGCUGCCGGCGGUAGCCUCACUGGCCUGAGCUUCGACGCUCGUGCUGAGCUCGCUGCCUUCCUUGGUGGCUGCACUUCCAUUGACAUCGAUAUCAGCAUCCAGAUCAUUAUCCUCCAGUGGUUCACCGGCUGCAACAUCCCCGGCGCCCCAUCUGGCCCUGCCUCGUCUUCUGUUCCCAGCCUUCCCUCCAGCACUCCCUACCUGCCCGGCACCACCGCUGUGCCUUCCGGUCCCGGUUCCUCUGUCUCUGUAUCCAUUCCCGCCGGCACCCCCGUCCCCAGUGUCCCCGCUGCUACUACCACCCCCUGUGACACCGAGACCUCUCAGAUCGUCGGCUCUACCGUGAUUCCCGGCGGCCCUAACAGCUCCGCCUCCACCACCGUCUCCGUCCCCAAUGUCACCGGCACAGUCCCUGCUCCCACUGGAUCUGUCCCUAGCGGCUCCACUGCCACCAGCACCCCAUGUGACACCGAGACCUCGGAGAUUAUCAACUCCACUGUGAUUCCUGGCGGCCCCAACGUGUCCCACUCCACGACCGUCUCGGUCCCUGUGCCCACUGGCACCGGCCCUGCGCCCUCUAACCCGGCUGCCACCACCCCCUGUGAGACCGAGACCUCCGAGAUCAUCAACUCGACCGUGAUCCCCGGUGUUCCAACUCCUUCCGGCCCCGUCCCUACCAGUCCUCCUGCUAUGUCCUCCGGUGGUGACUCUGGAUCCGGUACAGUCACUAUCACCAAGACUGUGACCGCCACCGUCUGCGGCUGCGAGUAA